AUGGAAGUAUUCCAGGACCUUCGUAAGGCCUCGGCACGUCUGGAGUGUGACCACUGCAAUUUUAGGGGCACUGACUAUGAAAGUACCCAAAUCCACAUUGGUACCAUCCACCCAGAAUUCUGUGAUGACAUGGAUACUGGUGGCUUAGGGAAAAUGAUAUUCUACCAGAAAAGCGCCAAACUCUUUCACUGCCACAAGUGCUUCUUCACCAGCAAGAUGUAUUCGAAUGUGUACCAUCACCUCACGGCCAAACACGCAGCCCCAGAGACACGGAGUGAUAAAGCAAAGACGCAGCCCCACAGAGAAGCCGACCCUCUGAAGAGCCCUUCUCUUCCCGACCAACAGAAAAUGUCCUCGAAUUCAGCAGAACUGAAACCUACACCUGUCCCUUCUGUGGAAACUCAGAAACUUGGCCCAGAAUCCCCCAAAUCCACACCACUUCCUUCCCUAGAGCCUCCGAAACCUGGUCCUGGGGUUUCUUCAGAACCACAGACACUUUCUCUUUCUUCCCCCGAGCCUCCAAAACCUGCCUCCAUUUCUCCUCAACUUCCAAAUCCAGUUCCUGUUGCUUCGGAAUCUCACAAACCUGCCCCUGCUCCUUCCCCUUCCCCAGAACCACAGAAACAUGCUCCUGUGUCCGCAGACCCAGUGAAGCCUCCUCUAAUCAGUACCAAGCCCCAGAAACACUCUCAUUUCCCAGAAACAUUGGGGCCGCCUUCAGCCCCAUCUCCAGAAUCCCCAGUUCUGGCGGCUUCCCCGGAACCUUGGGGGCCAUCUCCUACCACGUCUCCAGAAUCUAGGAAACCAGCUCGGACUGCCUCCCCGGAGCCCAGAAAGCCGUCCCCAGCGGAAUCUCCUGACUCUUGGAAGUCAUUCCCUGCUGUCUCCUCUGAGCCUCGGAGACCAGCCCCAGCGGUGUCACCAGGUUCUUGGAAGUCAGGGCCACCUGGGUCUUCCAGACCGUGGAAAUCUAGUCCGUCAGCGUCCUCGGGACCCUGGAAGCCAGCUAAGCCUGCUCCCUCUGUAUCCCCUGGGCCCUGGAAGCCAGCUCCAUCUGUGUCCCCUUCGUCCUGGAAGUCUUCAUCUGUGUCACCUGGUUCUUGGAAAUCUCCCUCUGCGUCUCCUGAAUCGUGGAAGUCUGGCCCGCCGGAACUCCGGAAGACAACACCCACCUUGUCACCUGAACACUGGAAGGCAGCCCCCUCAGUGUCCUCUGAGCACCGUAAAGCAGGAUCUCCCUUGUCUCCUGAGAUUCGAAAACCGUGCCCACCACUAUCCCCAGAGGUCCGCAGCCCCGCUGCUGCGGGGUCUCCAGAACUCAGAAAGCCCUCAGGUUCUCCGGAGCUUUGGAAGAUUUCUCCUGAUCAGCGGAAACCUUCUCCUGCCUCUCUCGAUGUUCCCGAGCCCCAGAAGACUUCCUGUGCCGGUUCUCCUGAUCCCUGGAAGUCUUCCAUUUUUACUGAGCCUCAGAAACCCCCCGUCUUCCCUGAAACUAGGAAAGCAGGGCCUUCUGGCCCCUCCGAGUCCCCGAAAGCAGCCUCAGAGAGCUGGAAGCCUGUCCUCUCUGUGGACACAGAGCCUCGGAAACCUGUGUUUUCAGAGCCCUGCAAAAGCACCCCAGCUGCUGCGCCUCCGGAACCACGCAAACGCGCUCUUUUCCCGGAGCCCAGGAAGCAUGCCCCUUUCCCAGAACUGUCCAAGUCUGCUGUAUUCUCAGAGUCUCAGAAGGCGGUUGAACUUGGUGACGAGCUGCAGAUAGCUGCCAUAGAGGAGCCCAAGUGUGUUUCGGUUCAGGAAGAAGUAACAACACCCCAGAAGCUUGUAGAAGACCCUUUAUUUCCUUCCUCGAAGAAGCUCAAGAAAGACCAUCAAGAGCACUCGGAUGCUGAGCUUAGUAGCAGUGAGUAUGUCAAGACAGAUUUGGAUGCCAUAGACAUUAAGGGCCAAGAGUCGAGCAGUGACCAAGAACAGCUUGACGUGGAAUCCAUUGAUUUUGGUAAGGAGAGCAAAAUGGGUGCGAGUAGCCCAGAGCAGGCCAAAAACGUGCUUCAGUUUACCGAAGACAAAGAGGCUUUCAUUUCUGAAGAGGAGAUCGCAAAAUACAUGAAGCGCGGGAAAGGAAAGUAUUACUGUAAAAUUUGUUGCUGUCGGGCUAUGAAAAAAGGUGCGGUUUUGCACCAUUUGGUUAAUAAGCAUAAUGUUCACAGCCCUUACAAAUGCACAAUUUGUGGGAAGGCUUUUCUUUUGGAAUCUCUCCUUAAAAACCACGUUGCUGCCCAUGGGCAAAGUUUACUUAAAUGCCCACGUUGUAAUUUUGAAUCCAAUUUCCCUAGAGGCUUUAAGAAACACCUAACCCAUUGUCAAAGUCGGCAUAAUGAAGAGGCAAAUAAAAAGCUCCUGGAAGCUGUUGACCCUCUCCCGGAGGAGCAGCAAAUGUAG